UUUCUACUGCAUUUUGAAAUUCCCUAAAUGACUCUUUCCCUUCUAGAAGUUGUGUUACAUGUUUUUGUGUAUUAUCUCUGUAGUGAAUUUUCAUUCAUGUCCUGAAUUAUUAUUAUUAUUUGUGUUUUUUUGUGUUUUCAACUUUUUCAUUAAUCCAAUUGAUCUUACUUAUGAUGCAUACUCUGAAUUCCAUAUCUGACGUUCUAACAAUUUUCUUUUGGUUAGAGUCCUUUGCCGGAGAACAAUUAUAAUCCCUUGAGGGUGUCAAAACAGCCUGUUUUUUUAUGUUGCCAAAGUUUGUAUGCUGGUUCCUUCUCAUCUGAAUUUUCUGUUCUUGGAUUAAGACAGAUAGCUUUUUGGUAUACCUGUUCUCCUGUGCUGGGAACUUCAGUGCUCAGUGAAGAAUGGGAGGAGUUCCUGAAUGGCACAUUUGAGUCUUACUCUUACUGUGCACUUCUGACCUUAUCUUGUGUAUUCAAGAAAUGAAAAAUAAAUGUAAUAUUAAUUUAAGUAAAAGUGCAAUAGAUUUACUACAAUAUAGAACUCAAAUAUAAUCAUGUGUUACAAAAACAAGUAGAAUUCAUUCCUAGGUCAUGAUAUUCACACCAGAAGCACAUAUACUAGAACUCAUUGCACAUCCAAUGUGAUGCCUGGAUUUCACCCAUUGGUACAUGAUUCAUUGUGGAAAGUUUCACUGACUGAGUUUGGUUUGGGUGAGAGCUUCCCCAUCAUUCUUGGGCCACAUUAAACAUUGUCAGGCUAAGAUUUAAGGAACUGGAUGAUGAGGUCAUUGCAGCAAAUAAAAUAUUGUGGUAGAAAACAGGAGAAAGACUGGAGGAAGAAAGGUUAUUCUUUUUUUGUGGAAAAGAGUUAUAGAAAUAACCAUAAUAAUCCAGGAAGUAUUAUAAAGUAUUAUAAUUCUCUGAACAUAGCCAUGGUGUUUAAUUUGUUCAAUAGCUUAUGUCCACCAAUGAAUCAUAUUGAUUACCUUCAGACCAUUGUUUCCCUAUAAUCAAACUAAUGCAAACUCCUAUUCUGUGGUUUGAUUUAUGUCUCUUUAUUAAAAUUCAUGUUUCGUCAUUGUUUUAGUUUUAAUAUCUCUUAUUCUGGGCUGUUUCCACUUUUCUGCAAGUCUCCCUUUAAAACAAAGAAAUUGAGAACUUGAGUUGCUAUUGAAUGAAGCUUUUUGUCCCUGACCUUUACUGUGUAAUCAGUGGGAAAGUUACAAGUCUGAUAAAUGGGAACUGAUUUUUAGGGCAUUUUAAGUUUCUGGGAGAAAUAAAUCAGAUAGUUAUCUUAUUAGAAUCUUCCACAGCAGAUGUAACUGUGACGUAAAUCAGAAUCACCAAGAUACAAAGCCCUAGGCUAAAGUAGAUGCCAGAGCCUCAUUUCAAAACCAUGACAGACAGCCCAUAAUUCGCAGAACACAAGUAUCAUUUACUUCUUGGUGCCUGGAGUGAGAGUGUGUCACGUUGGUUUUGCUUCCUAACAUCUCACACAAUAAAACAAAUCCUGGAAUGGAAAGAUAUUGGAGACAGGUGCAGCAGUAUGAUUAUGUUAAAUUGAGAAAAGUCUUUCAAAGGCUCUCUAGAAUCUUAAUGAUUUCCAAAGAGUCCCCUUUUGGCUUCCGUACCUUGCCUCUGGUAGCCUAAUUAUUAAUAAUAGAGUGUGACAUUUUAGCUAUUGCCAAGUGCCACUCCAGUUCAAAUGACAGCUGUCAGGAAAAUGUGGCAGAGGGCUGAUGAGAUCUUUAGCUACUAGCUAUCUUUAGAAGAUACUGUCUUUGGCUUAAUGAGUGCUGUAUUUCAUAAGUAGCCAUAGGUGUUUGGAACCAUGCUUGGCAUUCUUGGGACUCUAAAGAGAAGUUGGCUGAGGCUACAUGAGGAAAAAGUUAUUAAAGAUAGACGACAUCAUCUCAAGACCUACCCAAACUGUUUUGUCGCAAAAGAACUGAUUGACUGGCUGAUUGAGCACAAAGAGGCUUCCGACAGAGAGACAGCAAUUAAACUCAUGCAGAAAUUAGCAGACCGGGGCAUUAUUCAUCAUGUGUGUGAUGAGCAUAAGGAAUUCAAGGAUGUCAAACUCUUCUACCGCUUUAGAAAGGAUGACGGCACCUUCCCGUUGGACAACGAAGUGAAGGCCUUCAUGAGAGGGCAGAGGCUGUAUGAGAAGCUGAUGAGCCCAGAAAACACACUCCUGCAGCCCAGGGAGGAGGAAGGAGUCAAGUAUGAGCGCACCUUCAUGGCAUCUGAAUUCCUGGAUUGGCUGGUUCAGGAAGGUGAGGCCACUACAAGGAAAGAGGCAGAGCAGCUUUGCCACCGGCUUAUGGAGCAUGGCAUCAUACAGCAUGUGUCCAACAAACACCCAUUUGUGGACAGCAAUCUUCUCUACCAGUUCAGAAUGAACUUCCGUCGGAGGCGAAGACUGAUGGAGCUGCUCAACGAGAAGUCCCCUUCCUCCCAGGAAGCUCACGACAGUCCCUUCUGCCUGAGGAAGCAGAGCCAUGACCACCGCAAAUCCACCAGCUUUAUGUCAGUCAGCCCCAGCAAGGAGAUCAAGAUCGUGUCCGCGGUGAGGAGGAGCAGCAUGAGCAGCUGCGGCAGCAGCGGCUACUUCAGCAGCAGCCCCACGCUCGGCAGCAGCCCCCCUGUGCUCUGCAACCCCAAGUCCGUGCUGAAGAGACCUGUCACAUCCGAGGAACUCCUGACUCCUGGGGCUCCAUAUGCAAGGAAGACAUUCACGAUUGUAGGCGACGCCGUGGGCUGGGGCUUUGUGGUGCGAGGAAGUAAGCCAUGCCACAUCCAGGCCGUGGAUCCUAGCGGCCCUGCGGCUGCGGCGGGAAUGAAGGUCUGUCAGUUUGUCGUCUCCGUCAAUGGGCUCAAUGUGUUGCAUGUAGACUACCGGACAGUGAGCAACCUGAUUCUCACAGGCCCCCGGACAAUCGUCAUGGAAGUCAUGGAGGAGUUGGAGCACUGAGCAGCUGGACCUCCUAGCCCGCCAGUGGCCUGUGGGUGAUCAAAGCCAGGAUGAAGCAAAGCAAUGCAAUGACAAGACUUCCAUGCAAAUGGAUGGUUUUGGACAUACAAAUCUUUUCUCCGUACAAAUACAUCUUAAGUUGAGUUUCAUACACUGUUCAAAUGUGGAAGAACCGGGUAACAUAUCUAUAAAAAAAAAAUGUCAGUGUAGAAAACAUCUGGGAAACGAGAGUUUUCCUACAUGCUAGAAUUGCCUUACUAGAUUUCUAUUUGCAGUUUUCAUUCAUUGUUUUUUUUUCUUAGUUUGCAGGAAGUUGUUGAAAUGUUUCUCUAGCCCAAACAGGUAAACAUUCUAAAAUCCCCUUCUUAAGAAUCAACAGAGUAGUUGGUACAGACUUUAAUUGUACUCUCACCAAAAUUAGCAUGGCGCUGUUUAAUAGAGAAUCUCGAUUUCACUGAGAUUCAAAUUAAAGCAGCAUCCAAAGGAGUAUGAUGUGUUCACUAACAUUUUCAAGAAGGUUCUAACACAUUCAAGUGUACUUAAAAGCUAUCCAAAAUAUGACUUUUUUUUUUUUGAGACAAGAGUCUUGCUCUGUUGCCCUGGAUAGAGUGUGGUGGCCAUCAGCCUAGCU